AUGUUGAAUACGACACUUAUUAUAGAGAACAAUAAAAUAGAAAUGAAUUUAUCAAUUCAAAAAGAAACAUUAAAUAAUCAAUCGAAUUCUAAUAAAGAUGAUUUAUUUAUUUUACAGACUUCAAAUGAAACUAAAAUCAAUGAAAAGAAUGAUGAUGAUGAUGAUGAUCUGAUUUUAACGGAAACAAAUAAUAAUGAUAAACAAGGAAAAAGUAACACAUUAUUAACACAAACAGUUCAACAACUUUUUGGAAAAAGCUCUUCUUCACUGUCUAUGAAAUCAAAAGAAACAAAUAGUAAAGAUGAAAAAUUAAUUCUUGAUCAAAAUAACACCGAUGAACAGCUUAUUGAUUUAAAUUAA